AUGGCCCCCAAAAGAGGGUCUCCGAGCUCGGACGCACGGAACCGAUGCGUGGACGCGGCCGAGGCGUGUACAGCAGAUGAGCAGUGUCAGCAGCUGCGCACCGAGUACGUGGCGCAGUGCCUGGGUCGGACCGCGUCGGGGGGUUGCCCCCGCACCCGAUGCCACCGCGCCCUGCGCCGUUUCUUCGCCCACGGGUCGCCUGCGCUCACCCACGCGCUACUCUUUUGCCCGUGCUUUGAUCCUGUGUGUGCCGAGCGCCGGCGCCAGACCUUCGUGCCCGCCUGCGCCUUCUCCUGGCCGGGGCCAGCGCCGCCCUCCUGCCUCGAGUCCUUAGACGCCUGCGAGCACAGCAGGGUCUGCAGGCCCCGCCUCUUGGCCUUCCAGGCUUCCUGUGCACCCGCCCCCAGUGGCCCCGACGGCUGCCCGCGAGACCAAGCCCCACGCUGCUUGCGCGCCUAUGCGGGCCUCGUGGGCACCGCUGUCACCCCCAACUACGUGGACAACGCGAGCGCGCGCGUGGAGCCCUGGUGCAACUGUGGAGCCAGCGGAAACCGGCGGGAGGAGUGCGAAGCUUUCCGGGAGCUCUUUACAAGGAACCAAUGCUUGGAUGGCGCCAUACAGGCCUUUGACAGCGGGCGGCCCUCAGUCAUGCAGGACCAUCAAAACCCCCGCCAGGACCUUGGGCAUGGCCUCCUGCAGGCGUCCUCCACAGAUGGGCCCCUAAAGGAGUGCUCCCUGCUCUCCCUGCUCCCUGCCCUGGCUCUCCAGCCUCUGCUCUGA